GAGACCUAAAAUGUACUGGUAUUUAUUUUUAGUCUCACAAAUGAUAAAUAGAGAGCAGAUCUUGUUUACCUACUGGCAAAUCUCAGAUUAAGCUCACUACAAGUAAGAGAUUCACAGAUGAAUAUGACAGAAACACUCCUGAAUCCUGAAAUAAAGAGGUGUGCAGUGGUUACAGGUGCCAAUAAGGGAAUAGGAUUUGAGAUUUGUAGGCAAUUAGUCUCUAAUGGGAUCUUUGUUGUAUUGACAUCUAGAGAUAGAAACAAGGGUCUUGAAGCUGUUGAAAAUCUCAAAAAAUCUGGACUCCCAAAUGUGAUUUUUCAUCAAUUAGAUGUUAUGAAUCUAACUUCUGUCUCAUCCUUGGCUGAAUUCAUCAAAACCCACUUUGGAAAACUUGAUAUCUUGGUGAAUAAUGCAGGCAUUGGUGGGGUGAGAAUAGUAGACAAGGAUCAAUUAAAGGUUCUGAUGCUUGAGGAUGAAAAGUAUUUGGAGAACCCAAAGUUGAAACAGAUAUGGACAGAACCGUAUGACGACGCAGAAAAAUGUCUUAAAACAAAUUACUACGGCGUCAAGGCGGUGACUGAAGCCUUUAUUCCUUUACUUGAGCUAUCUGAUUCAAGAAUAAUUGUCAAUGUUUCUUCUGCCAUGGGGAUUCUGAAGAAUGUUGGCAAUGAAAAGGCUUUCGAAGUGCUCAGCGAUGCUGAUUGUUUAACGGAAGAAAGAAUAGAUGUGGUGGUGAAUACAUUUCUAAACGAUCUUAAAGAGGGUUGCUUAGAAGCAAAAGGUUGGCCAACAUUACUUUCUGCUUAUACAAUCUCAAAAGCAUCAGUUAAUGCGUACACUAGGAUUUUGGCAAAAAAAUUCCCUACUUUUCGCAUAAACUGUGUUUGUCCUGGUUUUGUCAAAACCGAUAUAAACUUUAACAGUGGGGUCUUGACUGUUGAACAAGGUGCUAAAAGUCCUGUAAGAUUAGCUCUUUUACCAGAUAACAUAACUUCUUCUGGGUUCUUCUUUGUUCGUGAAGAGGUAUCGUCAUUUUGAAUUUGUAAUGUACAACAACUUUACUAGUUUAACAUUUGCUAGUGUUGUAGCUACAAGCGUAAUUGAGUUUGAAUGAUAUAAAUUUCUGGGUAACUUGUCUAA